UCCCACCCGGACACCAAGUCAACGACCGAACCCGAAGCGGCCACACCGUCCAGCUCUGCCCGGCAACACCUCGCGUCAAUUCACGGUGAAUUCGUUCUUGGUAUACCAAACACGCCGAUCUCCGACCAUGUUGUGCUUCAUCGUCUUGGCGGCUUUCGUGGCCGGUAGCAACGCCUUGGGAACCGUUCCCGAGCUGGACCCUGGCAUGUACAUCGGCCGUUGGUAUCAGAUGUACUCGAAUGGAUGGACGGAUCUGUUUUCCAACUUGCCUAAUCCCCAGUGCGUUACAGCCGAUUAUGGUGUCAUCAAUGCAACUUAUAUCACCGUUCUGAACCACAACUACAAUCUUGAGGGAGAGGAGGGUGGUAUCUCGGGUUACGCCUACGUGCCUGACGUCAGAGAGCCCGGCAAACUCAAAGUGUCGCUAGAAGGAGUGCCAGUCGUCGGAGAUUACUGGGUCUUCAAGCUUGGUCCAAUCAUCAACGGGCAGUACGAGUACAGUCUGAUCACCGACGGAGAGGCCACUAGGCAGCUGUUCGUGUUGGCCCGGGACCCGACCGACUUCAACGCCAAAUACGACGCAGAGGUCCAGGAAUACCUGACCCUGGUGGGAUUCACAACGGGCCCCAAGAAGUACGAACCCGUACCCCAGGUUCCGGAGUGCAAGUACCUGCCAUUGCCAUAAAGGAAUAAACACCAGCUUCGUCAGUCGUGUUUUUAAACCAGUGUUUGCUUCGUCUUUAUUUUAUUUCUAAAUGUGAUCUUCUCAUUUUCCUUGUAAAUAAACUCUGGAGAGAAAGUCUGAACUUGAGAGAAUAAACUUAAAACAUUGCAUACAUGCUCGUUAAUUAUUUCAAUUAUUUUCUACAUUAACUCUUUUUUUUUUAAGUCAAGGUGGUGGCAUUGCCUUAGACACAUGUCCCAAUGUACUUGUGAAAACGGUUAUGUUCUACUUUUUUAACGAUCCUUCCAGCGUUUCUUAAGAAACGCGUUUUAGAGCCCAAAAUGACGCGGUGCAGAGCCCAAAAGGGCACCGUUCUUCUCGAAAGUGUCCCUUUAUGUUUCAAUUUUGUUCAAAUAAAAGCAAUACCAUAAGUUAA